CAAAACUUUAAAACCCAGAAGAUAAUCGUGAAACGCGUGUGUACAAGCGACAGCAGACGCAGUAUGUCAGAGCAACAGUGUAUUGUUGCUGUAGACACGCAGUAUUGAUUUCACUUCUAGUGCAGCACUGGUCACGUGAAUCUCUUGGAGUGAGGAUCAAAGACUUGAAGGCAAACGCGAUCGCUGCAUGUCGUCAUUUGUUUGAUCAGAUGUUUGAUACCGGAGUAGGAUGGGCUUUCGCACCUGGCACUGUUUACAUCAGAGCUUAAGCGACUUCGAAGCUAGUGUUUGUGUUUAGUAUGUUUAAAUUAUAACGCGAUCUAGUCAAAUUAAAAACAGGACGACUGCGGACUUUUUUCCUAUUUUUCCCUGAUGUCGGACUGCAGCUCGUCGGGUUCAGAUGAGGAUUUGGACCCGGGGUUAGAGCUGCUGGACGAGCUCGGCGGCACGCUCAGUAAGUGGACAAACUACAUUCAUGGAUGGCAGGACCGCUGGAUUGUGCUGAAGGGCAAUAUUCUGAGUUACUACAGGUCAGCAGAUGAGAAAGAGUACGGCUGUAGAGGGUCCAUCUGUCUCAGCAAGGCUGUCAUCACGCCUCAUGAGUUUGAUGAAUGCCGUUUUGACAUCAGUGUGAACGACAGCAUCUGGUAUCUGAGGGCUGAACAUCCUUUGCUCCGACAGCAGUGGAUCGAUACCAUUGAACUUCACAAGGCUGAGUCAGGCUAUGGGUCUGAGAGCAGUUUACGCCGCCAUGGCUCCCUACUGUCCCUCACCUCUGCUGCCAGCGGCCUCUCCACCACCUCCGCAUCCUCCUUCAAGAAGGGAUACAGCCUGCAGGAAAAGCUAGCGGAGAUGGAGACCUUCCGGGACAUUCUCUGCAGACAGGUGGACACACUGCAGAAGUAUUUUGACAACUGCGCAGAUAUUGACAGUAAAGAUGAGCUCCACCGGGACAAAGCAUCGGAUGAUGAGGAAGAUUUUCCAACCUCACGGCCGGAAGGAGAUUAUCUGCUUUACAAUAACAACAGCAGCAAAGAGAAAUUAUUCUCUGUGGACAGCCUCAAAGGUUCCUUAGGCAUCGAUUUCAAAGGUGAAGCAAUCACGUUUAAAGCUACUACAGCAGGAAUCCUGUCCACACUGUCCCACUGCAUCGACAUUUUGGUCAAAAAAGAAGAGAGCUGGCAAAGACGACUUGAUAAGGAAAUUGAAAGGAGAAGACGUGCUGAAGACGCCUAUAAAGCUGCACUGACAGAGCUGAAGAAGAAGCCUCAUUAUGGAGGACCAGACUAUGAAGAAGGACCAAACAGUCUGAUCAAUGAAGAGGAGUUCUUCGAUGCUGUGGAAGCUGCAUUGGAUAAGCAUGACCAGAUCGAAGAGCAAUCCCAGGCAGAAAGGAGCAGGGCAUCUCGACAGAUCUCCCUCCCUCCAGACACCUAUUCCUCCAUCAGCACUCAGAAAUACUUGACUAAGCCUCACAGUCAUACUUCCUCCUUGUCCUCCAUUGACCUCAUAAGUGCCUCCGAUGACGUGCACAGGUUCAGUGCUCAGGUUGAGGAGAUGGUGCAGAGCCACAUGACUUAUUCUUUACAGGACGUGGGUGGAGAUGCUAACUGGCAGCUGGUUGUUGAAGAAGGGGAUAUGAAGUUGUACAGGAGAGAGGUGGAGGAGAACGGCAUCGUUCUGGAUCCUCUCAAAGCUACUCAUGCUGUCAGAGGGGUCACAGGACACGAGGUCUGCCACUACUUUUGGGACACAGCUUUUCGGAACGACUGGGAGACAACUGUUGAAAGCUUUCAAGUGGUUGAGACACUCUCGGAUAAAGCGGUCAUCAUUCAUCAGACACAUAAGAGGGUAUGGCCUGCUUCCCAGAGAGAUGUGCUUUACGUAUCGGUUAUCCGUAAAAUUCUCUCCACCAAUGAGAAUGAUCCAGACACCUGGCUGGUGUGCAACUUCUCAGUGGAUCAUGACAGCUAUCCACCCUCUGCUAGAUGCAUUCGUGCCAAAAUGAAUGUAGCCAUGAUCUGUCAAACUUUAAUCAGCCCACCAGAGGGAGACAAAGAGAUCACCAGAGACAACAUCCUCUGUAAAAUCACAUAUGUAGCCAAUGUAAAUCCUGGUGGUUGGGCCCCUGCAUCAGUCUUACGAGCCGUAGCCAAGAGAGAAUACCCCAAAUUCCUCAAACGCUUCACCUCGUAUGUUCAAGAGAAGACCAGCGGUGAGGCUAUUCUCUUUUGAGCAACACCAGGUUGUUCAAUCUACAUUUCCAGUUUGCUUUCCGACCCUAAUGAAGAAACGCCUUGUACACAUCACUCACAACAAAGAGCUGCUCUGCCCAAGUGCUCUUGACACUCUUCAGAAACCUUUUCAAACCGUAUCCAUACAGACUGAACAACAGCGGUACACCAACACCAAAAAUGGAACACACUAGAAAAACCAACACAGCCUGUUCAUCUUUAAAAGGCCUUACUUGUUUUUCCCUAAAUGAGCUGCGGCUCUGGUUUUGUUAAAGUGUUUUACAUUUUUGUAAAUAUUUGAUCAUAGUUUGAGGUCUGACUAUGGUCUUGAUGA